AUGGCCGACUUUUCCUGCUACGGCGGCGUCAGCGACGAGUGGCUCGCCGUCGAAGCCGCCGCGCCCCGCCUCCCCGCCGACAUGCCCAUCCUCGAGCGCCGGCAGCUCGACCACGCCAUCGCCACCCGCGACGGCCAAACCAUCGAGGGCCGCACCUACCGCCCCGCCUCCGUCCCCGCCGACGAGAUCCUCCCGCUGUACAUCCACUUCCACGGCGGCGGCUACUUCUUCGGCACCCUGGCCUCCGAGGACGCCAUCUGCGCGCGCAUCGCCCUCGGCGCCCGCGUCAUCGUGCUCAACGUCAACUACCGCCACACCCCCGAGUACACGUACCCUACCGCCUGGGACGAUGGACAGGACGCCUACGCCUGGGUGCACGCCCACGUCGCCGAGCUGGGAGUCGACCCCGCCAAGGUCGUCGUGGGCGGCAUCUCGGCCGGCGCGCACAUCACGUCCUCCCUCACCUUGCAGCAGAGCCUCGGCAAGGCCUUAACCUCGUGUCCCCGCCCGCGGGGCAGGUUCUCAUGA